AUGGGAUUUGGUUGUGGAUUUCCAGUAAUAGUAGAAUUAGAAGUUGACGAUGAAGGAGGGGUAGAGACAGUUGGUAAAGAAUGUCUUGUCGCAGAAUUUGGGAAAGAAGUUGUUUGUACGUAUAAACUAUUUGAAGAGAUUGCCGUUGAAUUUGAGGAAUUUGAAUUAUUUAAAAAUGGAUUAAUUAUAUUGAUUUGA